AUGAGGGCUCCACCGUUUACAGAUGAUAUAAACGAGGAAAUGCUUCCUCCCAAUUUUAAACUCCCCGCAGUACAAUCUUAUGAUGGCCGAGGUGACCCCGAAGACCACAUCCAUGCCUUCAUCUCGGCCUUCCGCCUAUACUGCAUCCCAGACCCUGUCAUAUGCCGAACCUUUCCAGUAUUCCUCCGAGGAACUGCUCAAAAAUGGUUCUGGGCUCUAGAACCUAGGAGCAUCUCAACCCUGGGUGAAUUAGUGGAAAAGUUUCUCCACCGAUUUGUCUCCUCCCGACCUACGACCAAGACCUCGGCUUACCUGCUCACUGUGCAGCAGAACCGGGGAGAGUCACUCCGGUCGUACAUCCGGAAGUUUCACGAGGAAAGCGUUCAGAUACCUGACCCCAAUGAACAGGUAACCCUCGCUGCCUUCACCCAUGGACUCGUUGCCGGGGAGUUUAAUACGAGAAUCCAUAAGAAAUACCCCCGCACACUGCAUGAAUUGUGGUUGAAGAUCGAAAAGGGCAUACAGGCCGAAGACCUCCACCGCAUGAAGAAAGAGGUCCAAGCCACCCGUCCAAGGGCUGAUCUCAGAAAGAGAAAAGACGCUGGCCGAACUGAAGCAGGGUCGGGAAGUGGCUUCCGAAAUCCUGGCCGAGACCGCCGCAGCGUGUUCGACAGGAUAUCCAAGGGGAAGUCACCUAUUCCCGAGUCCGAAUUGACUCCUUUGAAUACUACCCGAUCUCACAUGUUGUCCGUGAUGGAACAAAACAACCUCGGAAAGGCCCCACCGAGGAUGCUUGGAAGCAGAGACAAAAGGAACUCGAACCUCUACUGCUUGUAUCACCGUGACAUCGGUCACGAGACUGAGGAUUGCAACGAUCUCAAGAGGGAGAUCGAGAACCUCAUUAGACGGGGGCACUUAAAACAGUUCAUCCGCCAAGGUGGAGGCCACCAACGUGACGAAAACCGGCGUGACAGACGAGGUGACCAACGCCGAGAUGAGCGGCGGACCUCCAGAAGCAGUUGCCGACCUCAUGAGGAUCCCAGGGAGACGAAAAGGCCUCCCCCAGACGGAUCUGCAGGACAUGGGUUGGGAUAUGGGCCGAACAUCGUCAGAGUCAUUAACACCAUUGCCGGAGGUCCGACGGGAGGGGAUAGUCAGAACUCCCGGAAGAGGACCUAUAGGCAGGCCAACCCGGAUCAAGCCGAGUCGUGUUCUCGCCUGUCCGAGGUGAUCACCUACGGACCCAGUGAUCCCGUCCUAACUGCCUCCAGCAGUCAUGAAACCUUGGUGAUUGAAGUCCUCACCAACAACUACAUUGUGAAAAAGGUCUACAUAGAUCCGGGAAGUUCAGUUGACGUCAUGUACCUCCGCACUUUUGAGAGUCUUAAACUGGUUAGAGAGCACAUGACCCCAGUGAGAACCCCUCUUGUAGGGUUCGGAGGGCACGUUGUCCACCCCGAGGGAAUGGUGACCCUGACGGUGACCGUGGGGCACCACCCCCGCUGCCGAACUAUCCCAGUGAACUUUGUGGUGGUUAAGGCCGACUCCCCGUACAACUUGCUCUUGGGGCGACCCACUCUUAAUGCUCUGCGGGCAGUGUACUCUACCUACCACCUAAGCUUUAAGUUUCCUACUCCCGCAGGAGUGGUCGAGGUCAGUAGCGACGUCUGCGCUGCCCGGGAGUGUUACCUCGCCACUGUACAAGCGGCCUCCCCAUCAACCUCCGGAACGAGACCCGAGAAGAGGUCAAAUAUCCUCUCAAUAGAUAGCAUUGAUCCUCAGCGAGCUGAGAAGGUCCCGAGGCUGGAGACUGGGGAUGAGGUGGAAGAGCUUCCCCUGGACCCCACGAAACCUGAUCAGACAGUUCGCGUUGGUACCAGAUUGCCCGAUCCAGUCCGAAGAGGUAUGGUGGACCUUCUCAGAGAAUACCGGGUCGUCUUUGCUUGGGCCGCCGAAGAGGUCCAAGGAGUCCCGUACCAUCUCAUGAUGCAUGAGCUGAACGUCGACCCCCAAACCCGUCCGGUCAAACAGAAGAGAAGGCACCUCGCCCUGAGCGCAGCCGAGCUGUCGGUGAGGAAGUGGACAAACUCUUACCCGCUAAAAUCAUUCGGGAAGUCCAAUACCCAACCUGGGUGUCCAACCCGGUCAUGGUCAAGAAGGAUACGGGGGCUUGGAGGAUGUGUGUCGACUUCACCGACCUCAACAAGACCUGCCCCAAGAACUGUUACCCACUGCCCAAGGUUGAUACCUUGGUAG